AUGGUCUCGUGCGUGGGUAUCGUGGUGUACCGCGGCUUCUACUUUGGCUUGUACGAUACUCUUCAGCCAAUGCUUCCCGUGGACACCUUUAUUGUGAACUUUUUGCUUGGGUGGGCCGUGACGAUCGUUGCCGGUCUUCUCUCCUACCCGUUGGACACUGUCCGCCGUCGCAUGAUGAUGACAUCCGGUGCCUCCGUCAAGUACAAGAACUCAAUGGACUGCAUGGUGCAGGUCAUCAAACAGGAGGGUGCUGCAUCUCUGAUGCGUGGUGCUGGAGCGAACAUUUUGCGUGGCAUCGCCGGUGCCGGUGUACUCGCCGGUGUGGACGCGCUAAAACCGAUGUACAUCCGGUGGCGCAUGGCUGAUCAGUUGAAGUAG